AUGGCUGGAUUGGCGCUCAGUCUCACCGGCUCCGGCUCCUGUUCUGCUCCAAGUCCUCAGGGAUUCGGAAGCGAAGUCUUCUCGUUGGGCGUCUUUUCGUCCAAUCCGGCCUCGGUCUACCCUGGCCAGUUGGGCCGGGCCGGUCACUGUUGCCUGGAUACGCAGCGGCUUGCGGCAACCGGCGGCCAUCGGUACAUCUGCAACCCAGAAGUCGCCGAUACAGCCGGACUCGGCAACACUCCAAUCACACCAGACAACUGUGCACAGACGCCCUGUCGCCUCGACGCCUCAUGGACCGACGAUGUACAGCCUCAUCUGGCGCUUCUGUCCCCCUCGGACCAGCAACAUCAGCACCAACACCCGCCUCAGCAACAGCAUCAUCAGCAUCAGCAGCAGCAACAACAGCAAUUGGUUAGUCUGGCCGCAGUCGUCGGAGCCGCGGCUGUGGCGGCAGCAGCGGCUGCCGUGGCGGCCAACAAGUUGCCAGGUGAGCCGAAGUCCGGCGUCCUGCCCGCCUCUUGGUACCGGGAGUUUCAGGCCCCCCAAGACGCGCGCUCAGAACUGGCCUACUCUUGUCCGUCUGGACUGACGCCGUCUGUCUUCUCGCAAAGUCCGCUGUCGAGUCUGCCAACGCAGUCCACUUCGGCCUCGAACAACUGCGCCGUCUCCUUCUCCUCGUCUCACUCGCCGCAGGCCGGACUCGGCUCUGGUCACGCCUACCAAUCGUACCAACAAUCGGCCGCCAUCUUUCUGCCUCAUCCCUCCGCUCGUCAGACACGAAGUCCACCACAAAUGGCCUCGAUCUGCUGUACCACAGGCGGACAAGCCGCCGACGCCCUGAGAGACCGGCAUCAACAGUGCCCCCUUGCAGCCGCGGCUGAAGUCGGCCCUCUGGAGUGUCAUCAAUCGGGUCUGCUGAUGAAUCCUGCCUGCCAGACGCCGGUCCCUUCGGGUCUACAGCCCUCGAACCUGUUGCUGCAGCGGAGCAGCGCCCGCUCGGCCAAUGAGGCCUGCUUUCCCAACGCCAAGUGA